AUGAGCACAAAAGAAGCCCAUAUGAUGCACCUUCUUUUAUCCACUGUCGUAGCCACUGAUAUCAUCGCUAUUGUUAUCCUCAUUAUCACUUUGAUGACCUUCUGUCCUUCUCUUCUUGAUUACUCUUUCGUCAAUAAUUUUAAAAUGACCUCAUUUAUUCUUUCCUUUAUCGUAUUCCUUGACUCUAACAUAUGUUAUAUUAAGGUUGUCUUCACUUCUAUAUUAACAUCCUCAUCAACCUUAUCAUAUGAUUGGUAUCCAUCUCCACUAUUACCGGUGUUUUAA